AUGAUUACUAAUGAUAUUUCUAUUCUUGGAAUUGCUGAAACAUGACUGAAAACUUCCUUAUAUAUUCAAGGAUUUAUCUGAAUUGGAAAUAAUGGGCCAAUUGCUGGCAACAGAGGAUCAGGCGGAACUGGGUUACUAAUACAUGAAACAUUUGCAAAUCUAAUAACAUCAAUUGAAACUAACAAUCAUAGAAUAACAGCAACAUUAAUUGAAGAUUACUUAAUAAUAGUAGCUUAUGCCCCAGUAGUAGCAAAUCACCAAAGUAAGAAAUCAAUUGAUGACUAUAUUAACUUUAUCAUAGAAGUUCAAGAAAUUAUUCAAAAGAAUCAAAAGGAUAGACGUCAAAUAGUACUAUUGGGUGAUUUUAAUGCACAUCUAAAAGGAUAUUUAUCUGAAAUCGAUGAUCUAACAGGAGAGAUAUUUUCUAAAUUUAUAAAAGAUUCUCAUCUAUACAUUCUCAAUGAUAUGCAAAUAUCAACUUUUAGAGGUCAUAAUACACACACAAUUAUUGAUUACAUUCUCUCAAACUCAACAUCAGAAAUUAUUUAUAUAGAAGUCCCUCAAUUAAAUACUAACCAUAUUUUACUCCUAUCACGCAUUUCGAUAAUUAUAUCAUUAGGAACUCAAAAAACAAUUAUUCCAUGAUAUAAACUAGAAGGAGAUGAACAUGAAGCCUUUAAAAGCAGACUCUUCCUUAAAUUCAAAGAAAAAGGUAUUUUCAUAACAAAUAACCCUUCUCAAAUCUAUACCGAAAUAAAGACUAUCUUAGAUGAAGAAUCAAUUAUUCUAAAAACUAAAUUACAGCCUGAUCAUUUUAAAACUCCAGAAAUGAAAAUUUUAAGGAAAAGAAUUAACAAACUCAAAGAAUGAAUCAAAUUUUGCUAUUCUCAGAAAAAUAAUGAAUUUAUUGAAAGAAUACGGAAAGUAAAGAAAAUAUGCAUUGAUCAGUUAAAAAGACUAGAUAGAUAUGAAAUAAUAAGUGAAAAUAGAUUAAAACAAUGCAUAAAUGAUCCCUAUGGAGCUUGAAACAAAAUAAAAAGAUUAUUGAAUAAAAACAAACUGGUCUUACCAAUGAAUGCAUUUGAGAUUCAAUCUUGAACAAAAGAAUUUGAAGAUCAAUUUAGGAGUACGAUAUCUUUUAUUCCACAAGCAGGUUGUCUAGAAGAUGAACUUUGAAACUCAAAAAAGAUUGAGAAUAUUAUUAAAUCUUUGCCUAACAGAAAAGCUCCUGGACCAGAUAAUAUAACGAAUGAAAUAAUAAAAAAAGGAGGAGAUAUAAUGGUAGAAGCAAUAACACAUUUUUUAAAUACUUGCAGAAUUUAUGGUAUACCGGAUGUUGCAAAUGAAGCUAAGACUAUUCUUAUAUAUAAAGGUAAAGGAAAUCAUAAAGAAUUGAAGAAUCACAGACCUAUAACAUUAAUGAACAGUUUUAUGAAGAUUCUUGACAAGGCUGAACUAAGAAAAAUUGAAAACAACGUUAAGAUCUCAGAUAGACAACAUGGGUUUAGAAAAGGAAAAUCAUGCAUAACACAAAGUUUCUUACUGAAAAAUACCUUAGAAUAUCGAAAAUAUUAUAAUAAAGGGAAAAAGAGUGAUUCAUAUAUACUUUUUAUAGAUUUUUCGAAAGCAUAUGAUUCUGUGGAUAGAACUAAACUCAUGGAAAAGAUAAAAAGUAAGAGAGUCACAGAUGAUAGUUGAAAAUCAAUCUCCCAGAUGAUUAAAGGAGAAAAGACUACCUUAAUAAUCAACGGAAAUGAAACAUUUAAAAUCGAUAUUACUAAAGGGGUUAGACAAGGAAGUGCGAUUUCUCCAUUAUUAUUUAAUAUCUAUAUCGAUGAUAUUGAAAAUGUAACAAAAGAUAUUAGCCUAGAAUUAAUUAAAAACGAGAAUUUAUACUCAAAAAUAAAUUUUCAAUAUGCAGAUGAUACAGCUUUUAUUACAGGAAAAUGUGAGGAUCUACAGUCAAUUCUUAAUAAUCUUAAAAAAUGAACAGAAGAAAAUGGUAUGGAUUUAAAUAUAGGACCUGAAAAAACGGCAUUGAUGACAAUUAUUAAUAGAAACAGAAAAAAUACCCUCCAAAAAUUACCCAAACUACAUUUUAAAAGAACUGAAAUUCCAAUAGUUGAUAAAUAUAAAUACUCCCCCCCCCCCCCCCGUGAGCGAACAAAAACCAUUAGAAAAAUCGCCAUUUUUUGACCAAAAACCCACCCUCCGUGAGUGAACAAAAAUUUUUUUAAUAGAAAAAAUUUUAAUGGAAAAAAAUUUUGAUAUAUAAGUGAUAAUUAGUAUAAUGAAAUCUAGAGCUAAUUCUGUUUAAUUUUAAACAAAUUGCGUUUUAAAACAUAAAUUUUGCAAAUUAAAUUAAUAUUUGCUUCCCAAUUUUUGCAAAUUAGGAUUUUUUUAAAUUUCGAAAAAAAUAUUUUUUUAUAAAAUUUUAUAUAUAAAUUUUUUUUAAAAAAAAAAAUUAACCCCCCCUCCGUGAGCGAACAAAAAUUUUUUUGUUCGCUCACGGAGGGGGGGGGGGGAGUUAGGAAUUGUUUUUAAAGGAAAUUUAAAAUCAACAGGUUUAGAUCAAUCACAAUAUGCUUAUUUAAAAAAUAAAGCAAUAAGUACAUGUAGUUCAUUUAUACCAGCAAUUAGAAAAAUGCUAAAUAUCCCAACUACAACAUUAAUUAACUGCUAUAAAGCAAUAUUUCUUCCGAGAUGCACAUAUGGAUUGGAAAUUUGCUCAAGAAAAAGAAGUAAAACUGCAAUUAUUUUUAUCCAAAGAAUGUUCAAUAAAAUUAUUAGAGAAUGUUGCCACGUAUACAGCAAAACACCAAUAGAGCCUAUAUUACUUGAUUUAAAUAUUCCUACAGUCGAACAAUAUAUUGAUCAAAAAUCAUUGAUAUUUCUACAAAAGAUAUAUGAAAUGAACUCAUAUUCUGAAAUUUCAUUACAUUUUCUUAAAAAUUUAAAGGACAGAAUAACACCAACUCAAGAUUUAUAUGCAAAUUUAUUGAGCAAGUAUGAAUUAAAUUUACCAUAUCGGUACUCUGACAGUGAAGUAAAUUGAAUUAACAAAGACUGAAAGAAAGACGUCAAAUUAAAAGUUAAAAGAUACUGGCAAAAAAUACAUGAAAAAGAAAUUGAUAAAAAGAUUACACUAAAAACGUACAAAUUCUUAAGAGAGAUUAACCUUAACUCUAAAUGUCAACUGCAAUUUUGAAAUCUAAAUAAAAACUUGGUAAGUGAAGCGAGAAUUAAAGCAGCAUGAAGAUACGCAGCAGGACCUGCACAAACUCUAACAGCCCUAAGACACUCAAAGAAAAAUCAAAAUAUUAAUCAAAAUGAUAUGUGUAAUUUAUGUAAAACGAAAGAAACAGAGAAACACAGCAUAAAUAUAUGUAUAAAAUACAAGAAUGAAAGAAGAGAUUUUAUCAAUCAUUUAAGAGAUAUUAUUGGAGUAAAUUACGAAAGAACCACACCAUAUCUAUGACUCAUAAGUGAUGUAUCUGAAUUAAAAGAAUUAGCAAACCUUCAGGAAGAAUUAUGAGAAAAAAUUGAUUUUAUUACAAAAAUUAAUUUAAAAAUAUUUGAUGAAAAAAUAGGGUGUUAG